AUGCCCAGGUGCAACGAUCAACACUAUUUUCUCUACGGGACCGGGAAGAAGCCAGCGCAACUACGCCUUGGCCACCUGUGUUUUGGGCACUAUUCCAAAGCGACCGAUGAUUCCCUGUGGUAUUCGCCUGGUGAGGAUCUUCAGGCUGAUGAACUUAAGAAAUCCGCACAUGUCUUCGAGAUUGAGAACCAGCUGUUCGGAACGGACCCGUCGGUGAAGAUAUCGGCUGAAAUCAACGCGUUGGAUCUUGCCUCGCUGGGAUCCUCCUUCUCCAAGUCCAACUCUAUGUUCGUAUACGCAAAAACAGGGCGCAAGAUUGAGCUACAGGACCAAAGCAGAAGAGCCUUUGCUGCCCGCGGCGGCAUCUCCGCCGACUUACUCGAAGCGCUGGGUGUACCUGUAGGUGCCAAUGCCGAAGCGGAAAGAAUCAAAAGCGAGUUUCAACGGGAACAAAUCAAGGAGCCACUUGUGUGGGCUGCAAGAUAUCUACGACUGGAUGCCAAGUACCUACAUGUCAACAACGAUAAACCUGUGCCCGAGAACCUGGUGUCCCUAGGGCGCCACCCACUACGUUCCACGGGCAAAGUUCGCGACCCCGAACCUACGGCUAAUUACGCCGAGCUUUCGCUCAUGGAACCUGGACCGGAAUCGGUCACUGAGUGCCCGGGGCUGGAGUCUGAUGAGUACUGGAAUGGCAUCAAGGAGGAGCAGCAAUUGUGGGAAAUUAGGGAGUCGACCGAAGAGAUCUAG